AUGUGUCUUGUUUGUGUGUUCAUACACGUGCGCAUGUAUACCACUGUAUGUGCCCGCAUAUAUGUAUUAUGUAUGUAUAUAUGCAUAGAUAUGUGUAUAUACAGGUGCAUAUUUUUGUAUAAACACAAUUUCGUUAACAUUUAUUAUUACAGCGACGUUGAAAACACCACACCUAACGGUAACAACCAUUUGAAAAAGUCCAAGACAGACGACAGCUGUUAUCCAGAAGAAGUUUUGGGAUCAGACGAUGAAGAACAGGAAGACCCUCGUGAUUAUAAGCGUGGAGGUUAUCAUCCCGUAAAUAUUGGCGACGUUUUUAACAGAAGGUACCACGUUAUUCGAAAAUUAGGUUGGGGUCAUUUUUCGACAGUGUGGUUGUGCUGGGAUACGAAGGACAAACGUUUUGUUGCACUGAAAAUAGUAAAAUCGGCAGACCACUACACUGAUGCAGCACAGGACGAAAUAAAACUCUUACUCGCUGUGCGCGAAGCCGAUCCUGAAGAUCUUGGAUGUCAAAGAGUUGUACAACUACUAGACGAAUUUUCCGUUAGCGGUGUCAAUGGUGUUCACUUUUGUAUGGUAUUUGAGGUCCUUGGAUGUAAUCUCCUUAAGCUCAUAAUUCGAUCGAACUAUCAAGGGCUCCCUUUAGAACAAGUUCGAAAAAUCACAAAGCAGGUACUUGAAGGACUCCGGUAUUUGCAUGAAAAAAGCAAAAUUAUACAUACAGAUAUAAAGCCGGAGAAUGUCCUAGUAACAAUGAGCCAUGAGGAAAUCAAGCUUAUGGCACAACACGCUGUUGUUGCUACAAAAAUGAACUUGAAACUAAGCGGCUCAGCUGUGAGUACGGCACCUAGUCAUGUUCAGAAGAAGGUCCAAGAGAAUAUGACUAAAAAUAAGAAAAAGAAGCUUAAGAAGAAAGCUAAAAAGCAACGCGAACUACUGGAGUCACAGCUUGCGCAAAUGGAAGGACUUACCGUCGAUGCUAAUGCUAUUCAAGAAGUACUAAAUAGUGCUCCGGUGAUCGCUGAUACGCCACUCUCACCGUCGAAUCCAUUCUCUGCGCAACAGCUACCAACAGUCUUGCCAACUCCUCCAGUGGGACCGAAUCUUAACGAUCCUUAUGCUGAUAUUGAGGUAAAGAUAGCUGACCUGGGUAAUGCUUGUUGGACACACCAUCACUUCACGGAGGACAUCCAAACAAGGCAGUAUCGAUCUUUAGAAGUGUUGAUCGGUGCAGGUUACGGUCCUCCUGCAGAUAUUUGGAGCACUGCGUGUAUGGCUUUUGAAUUAGCUACUGGGGACUAUCUUUUUGAACCGCACAAUGGUGAUAAUUAUUCCCGAGAUGAAGAUCAUAUAGCACACAUUUGCGAACUGCUUGGAUCAAUCCCGCCGUCUGUAUAUAAGAAAGGCCAGCACUGGAAGGAGUUUUUCAACAAACAAGGGCGUUUGCUCCACAUACACCAGCUGAAACCAUGGCCGCUUCUCGAUGUUCUGCGUCAGAAGUAUGAUUGGCCUUUCGAGCAAGCGCGGCAGUUUGCAUCGUUCCUAAUUCCUAUGCUGGCCUUCGAUCAGGUAGGGCAUGUUGAAGCUACAUUUAGUUUUCAAAAAUUGGAAUCUUCUAACUUUACGUGUGGCUUUGGUUACUGUUUGAGGAUUUUCAUUUUAUCUUGCAUGUCGUACAAUGCUGGUUGA